CUAUGCAAUUCCUCGACGUUAGGCCUAUAACUUGACUAUUUACAGGCCUUUGUCUUCCCGACCUAACAAUGUCCGAGAGAAACGAGGGGACCAAAGAAGACGUUAGUCAGCUUUGUUCCUGCCCAGUAGCGAAAGUGGUCCGGACAACUCGUCGUUUCCUGAUCCCAGCCCUCAGAAAGGUUCUAUGUAUUCCUGUUACAUACGUGAUUCCAUGUGGAACAAGGGCAAGCAUGUCAGAUGCCAAGAAGGAUGGAGAGUUGUCCUUGGAGCAGGAAAAUCUGAGGUUCACAGAUGAGAUGCUUUUGGCACUAAAUGAACAAGCCGAUGAGAUUCUGCAAGAACAUGUUGCUAUAGUCAAUGGUGUGCCUGUUUUAAAAGAGGGACCCUUGAGGGCUGAACAUGCCAAAGCCUUUGGAAUAUCACUCUCAAUUCCUUUGCUGGAUCAGCUGACCGGCACUGAAUUUAGAAAAAGAGCAACCGAGCAAGUGAGUGAGGUUUUGCUCACAACUCUUGACAAUGAUUCCUGCCAUGAGUCAAACACCAAAUCAGAGAGCCAGACAGACUACUGUGAGCUUCCUGCCUUCUAUCCACCCGGCUCCCACUCACAGUCUGUUGCUGAUGAUCUUGUCGAUGAUAUUGUUGAUGACUUUGUCUGUGAUGUUAUUGACUCCAUGAACCAAGACAUGAGCCAAAAUGUUCGCUCAGCAGCAUAUGACGUUGUUGGGUAUGUCGUUGCGGGGAUGAAAGAUCUUGUGGAGACAGCACGAGUCAUGGGAGUGAAGAGGAAACAACAAUGGCUUCCGCCAGACAUGUCAUAA